AUUUAACGAAAAUAAAGAUACGUUACAGAGUUAACUACGAUGAAAGUGAAAAGCCAAUAAGUACAUGGAAGAACGUUAUGCCAUAAAUAUUAAAAUUCCUUUAAAAUUGAAUUUUCUAAAUUGAAUUAAGUACUACGCAAAAGGGUGUUGAGUUUUGAUAAAGAAAUUAAUUUAUACUAUAUAAGAUUCUUCUUCAUUUCUACGUACGGUUUGUUGCUGUGUAUUAUGCAUAAGACCAAUUAAAAAAAUUAGUUAAUAUAAACAAUGGAUAAAUAUACCAAACUGAAUACCACUUCUUUAUCUCAUAUAUGGAAAAUAACUUCUGUUGAAUAUUUUUUAAAUUUAUCAGAACGAUUAUUAUCGCCUAUAUUUACACAAAAAUAUAAAAAAGUACAUAUUUGUUAUCAAAUAAGUUUACAAAGUAUUCUGGACUUUUAUCACUGUCCAAAAUGUUUUAAAAUUACUUGUAAGGACAUACAAAUUGGUCUAUUAUUUUCUAAAUAUUCACCACCUGAUAUAGUUUUGAAUGUCAAAUACAAAAUAAGAGGAUCUAAAAAGAAAGUAACUGUAUCGGAUGUCAUUACAAACAAACUAUAUGGAUUACAAACAUUUAACAUUUGUAAAAAUUGUGAAACAGACAUAAAUUUGAAAUGUUCGAUAAGUUAUAGCACACUUUCAGCAAAAUUCAUUUAUGAAUCGAUUCCUGGUAGAUAUGUUCUUUUAAAGUCAUGGGAAGAAAAUGUAACUGAGUAUUUAGAUAUUAUGUAUAAAACUGGCAUAUUCAGUGACAUGACUAUUUAUGUUAAAGACAAACCAUUUAUGAUACACACUCCGAUAUUGUGUUAUUAUCCUUAUUUUAAGUCAUUAAUAAUUAAAGCCAAGAAUGAAAAUAGUAACAGGAUAGAUAUAUAUGAUGUAAAUCCAGAUCUAUUUGAUUAUAUGUUAUGUUACAUUUAUACAGCGAAUGAGAAUACCUUAGAUUCUUAUGCGCGUGAACUUUUGCCAAUAGCUAAUAGAUUUGGUAUAACUAAUUUGGAAGAGAAUUGCAUAAAGAUAUUGCAAACGAAAAUGAAUGUAGAUAAUGUCAUUGAUAUUUUGAUUGUGGCAAACGAAAUAAAUUCAGAUCAUUUAGUCGCAGAUGCUAUAAAGUUUAUAGUAAAUUAUGCAAAUGAUAUCAAGAAAACAGAGAACUAUGAAAAUUUAAAACGAUUUUAUCCAGAUUUAAUGAUAGAACUUUUAAAUUUUCUUAUGACUAAAUGAUUAUUUUCUAUUUUAUUAAACGAAGUACAUCGUCUUUUUU